CGGCGAGGCGCGCGCGGCUGAACGGCGCCGCUGCCGGCCCGCGGCCAUGCCCAAGCGGGGCUGUCCGUUCGCGGACGCGGCCCCGCUGCAGCUGAAGGUGCGCGUCGGCCCGAGGGAGCUGAGCCGCGGCGUCUGCGCCGAGCAGCACUCGCGGGCGAUCUUCGAGAAAACCAAGCAGCUGCUGUUCCGCGGGGCUCAGGCCUACAUGGACCACGCGUGGGAGGAGAGCUGUGCCGUCGUCGAGCUGCCGGAGUCCCCGAGCCCGGGCCCCACAGAGGCCCUCCGGGCGGCACGGGGGCAGAUGCUGAUUGGACCCGACGGCCGGCUGACCAGGAGCCAAGCCCAGGCCGCUGAAGCUGACCUGUCCGGGGCCGUGACCAGAGCCUGCUCCUCCUGUGUGCGUGCGCUGGACGGGACGGCGGUGUGUGGCCAGUGUGAACGCGCCCUGUGCGGGCACUGUGUGCGCGCCUGCUGCCGCUGCGGGGCCGUGGCCUGCAGCCUGUGCGCCCUUGUGGAGGUCUCUCCUCAUGACUGUCCCCUGUGAUUUGCUGGACCACUACGGCCCAGUAAGUCCUCGGGGAAUCCUGGGAGGUUUCUGUGCAGCGCAGGCCGCAGGUGGACCACUGGCCACCUCAGUCUGCCGGGUCUGUGGGGCAGACACCGCACACAGGCGCUGUAGACAGCAGCUCUCGUGCCCUGGACGCAGAAGUCCAGAUCAGGCGGCGGCGGUGGCUCCCCAAGGCUCUGAGGAAGGCCGCCUGCAGGCCCGCGGAGUGUGGGCGUGCCUCGGCAUUCUCCCAGUGGCCUCGAGCAUGGGGUCAGGGCACACGUGUCUGCGGUGGGGCCGCGUCGUAACUGGUUCUGUCUGCAGCUCCCAGCCCUGUCCCCAGAUAAAGUCAAGGGACAAGGGUCAGCACCACACCAUAGCAGUCGGGGGAGGGGGGCACAGGUGA